AUGGCAGCCACUGACGGGCAAGUCGUGGUCGCAGCGUCGCGCUGGUCUGAUGAGGGCCAUUACCUCCGAGAGUUUGCAGUCAAAAACCGACUGCCCAACGUCGCAAAGAUCAUCAAAGGACAGUAUGGAGGCCUCGGUGUACCUACAUUACCUAGUCCAGGCUUACAGAGUACAGCACUUAUCAUAUCAGCUGGAAAAAGAAGAAAAAUAAUCGCCCAAGCUAUAAAACUAAAAGAUGGACGUCGCAUGGUCAGUGUCGGACCCAGAAUCGCCAUACCAGAUUCUUACAAGGGUUAUUUUGAACUGCUGAGUGAGGAGGGACGGGCUGUGAGAUGUAUAGAGUCAGUAGCGGAGCUUGCUAGACGUAAGUUGGACGAUGGGUGCUUAGUAAGAGAAGCGAUGAGGGUAAUAUGUGCUAAAGUAGAUUUAGAUGGUAAUAUAACCGCUGAUGGUGCAAGAAAUCUCCCUUUCGGUGAAGUUUUAAUGCCUAAAGGUGAGACGUUUUUAGGUAAGAACAAAUAUUUAAAGUGCACAGAUCCGAAAGGCGAUAUAGUUUUGUUAAGUUUGGAUCAGCGGGGAAAAUUCUCUGCUAUCGCUAAAGAGGACAACAUCAGUGGUGUGCAUACUGCAAAGACUCUGCUAACUAAACGACUGCCAAUAACCGUAAGAUUAGUACAUGGAACUCCCCCUAGAGGCUUGAAAAGUGCCAGUCAUUUUGUACCAGAGAUUAGACUCUUAUCCAUUUUCGAAGAAGAUCACGUAUUUGCUUUACCUUUACAGAAAGAAGGAAAUUCCCUUAUUGCAUUACCUCUAGCAGCGCCGUUAAAAAUGCUCAGGUGCAAAAACGAAGAACAAAUUAAAAACUUCAUGGAGUUUUCUAGAUUGGUGGAAAAGUGCAAUAGAUUACUGGUAGAUGUAGUGGAUAGGAUUCAUGUAUUAGAUGGAAAACUUGGGGAUCCAAAGAGGCUCCUAAGUGCACCUCUUCAUGCUCCACCAUUGAUAAAAACUGGUUACUUUUUACGACGAAGUGCAUCGUCCGAUUCAGCCAAUCACCACAAGCACAUGAAUAAACAUAAUCAUAUCUACAGCAGUCAUAGAGACGAAAAUAGUAUCCCAGAUGAAUACGAUGAAAUAGACCAAAUUUAUGACUAUGUCCGAGGCUUUGCACCUCUCCCGAAGAAUCUAAAGGCUUCUUACACUAAUGAAGUAUCUCGACAUGAAUCUGCCCCAUCAUCCCCAGCCCCUACACCAAUUCAUAUGCCCUUGAUAACAGAAAUAAAGCCCGAACCGCCUCCCAUUGAAACCAUACCAACAAAGAAACCUUUAAACCAAAAAGCCGAAAAGAGAUCACGUAAAACUGCCAUCAACCCCCCAGUUAAGGAAAAAGUGUUGACACCAGCUCCAAAUUUACCUAAACUCUACAUAAAGAACAAUGUCAGUAACAAGAACAGAAUAUUCAGUCAAAAGAGUAACUCUCCUACUAAGGAGGCACCUAGUCCUGUUACUAGUCCGAUACGACCACUAUCUAAAGGCGAUUCACCGAUUUUCAAUAUACGUUAUAAAAGUUUAUCGAACAUACACCAGGCUAUGGAAAUGGAUGGCACACUGGACUCCAGUCAUUCUGGUGGACGGACGUCUGGCGAUUCCGGUAAUGGCCCAAAAUUACCAGAAAAAAGGUCAAGAAAGUUGAGUAGACCGAAGUCUUUGACGAACUUAGUGUGGGAGCUUAAAGGUUGCCCAGUUGAAACGAAUGAGAAACCAAAAUGUAGGGUUAAAAGCGACAACUACAAGAAACUCGGGAAUAAACUCUCCCUCGGAGCGCAGAAGAGAGUUCCAACGCUGUAUCUUUAG